AUGAGCAUUUUUCUGCAUCGUCUGGUGCAUUCGGCUCUACAGUUUAACUGCGGCCAGUUAGCAACUGGCGUACUUUAUAUGACCACUUUUCCGCCUUCAAGGCGUCUCACGUACUUACUGCUGCUGUGGCAGCAAACUCUUCCCCACCUCUUCUGCCUGUUUUCUUUUGCUGUAGAUAAAUUGACUCCACUUUCACAACAGCCGAACUGUUCCCGGUGGUCUCGACCGUUUCGACGCCGAUUUCCCGCAUCUGCUGACGCGAAAACAGUUUAUGUCCACCCACACACAAACACACAAACACAAACACAGUGA